CAGAAAUGCAAUUACAGAGAAGAAUUGGACUGUUUCUAAUUAGUAAACUAUGUAUGUUUGUGAUUCUCUGGUUGGAUCCAAUCCUCUGUGAUCCUCAAACCAAUCUGCUCAUUAAAGGUUGCAGUCAAUACAAUGCGACGGAGCUGCCUGUGUUCUACGCCAACCUAAACGCCACGUUAACGGAACUCCGGAACCAGCUUGCCGGUCCGAACAAAACGUUUUUCUCUACGUCUCAGCAGGGCCAGUCAUCGAACCCAGUCUAUGGAAUGGCUCAGUGCAGAAACUACCUCUCCACCACCGAUUGCCUUGUUUGCUUCGAUUCUGCCGUUGCUCUAAUCAGAACCUGUUCGGCGGCUAACGGCGCUCGCGUUAUCUUUGACGGCUGCUUCUUGAGGUAUGAGAGCAGCAGCUUCUUCGACCAGACUACUGAACCAGGCAAUACGGCAAUCUGCGGGAACAAAACCGCAACUAGCACGAACGGUUUUCAGACUACCGUCAAUACGCUGUUGAAUGAUCUCGUAACUGCGACUCCCAAAAUUAAUGGUUAUUUUGCGGCAGUGAAGAGCGCGGUAGCUGCUUCCGGUGGUGCUGCAGUGUACGGUGUGGCUCAGUGUGCGCAGACUGUGAGUGAAAGUGGGUGUGCGGAUUGCUUAUCUGUAGCGUAUAAGAACAUCGAGAUCUGUGUUCAAGAAUCCGAUUCGAGGGCUGUAGAUGCGGGGUGUUUUAUGAGGUAUUCUCAGACGGCGUUCUUUGCGGACAACCAGAUAACGAAUAUAGCGCAAUACCUGAACACCGGAAGUUCAAGUAAGAACAACGCCAUUAUUGGGGGUGUUGUUGGAGGAGUUGCCUUUCUUUUGCUUCUCAGUCUACUCAUCACAUUCUUACUAAAAUCCAAGAAACCCAAGAAAGCUCGGGAAGGAGAUAUACUAGGAGCUACAGAGCUUCGGGGACCAGUGAAUUUCUCUUAUAGAGAUCUUAAAAUUGCAACCAAGAAUUUCUCUGAAGAGAAUAAACUUGGACAAGGAGGAUUUGGAGAUGUCUACAAGGGGGUUCUGAGAAAUGGAACAAUAGUUGCAGUCAAGAAACUUAUAAUAGGUAAAUCCAGUAGAGCAAAGACGGAUUUUGAAAGUGAAGUGAGGCUUAUAAGCAAUGUACAUCAUCGCAAUGUUGUCCGCCUUCUUGGGUGUUGCAGCAAAGGCCCGGAACUGCUGCUUGUUUAUGAAUACAUGGCAAAUAGCAGCCUCGACAAGAUUUUGUUUGGUGAGAAGCAUGGGACUCUCGACUGGAAACAGCGGUUUGACAUAAUUGUUGGCUUGGCAAGAGGGCUUGCCUAUCUACAUGAGGAGUUCCAUGUGUGUAUUAUACACCGAGACAUAAAAUCUAGUAAUAUACUGCUGGAUGAUUAUUUCCAGCCCCGAAUUGCGGAUUUUGGGCUGGCAAGACUUCUACCAGGGGAUCAGAGUCAUCUAAACACCAGAUUUGCUGGGACCUUGGGUUACACAUCACCUGAGUAUGCAAUUCUUGGGCAGCUGUCUGAGAAGGUGGACACCUACAGUUAUGGUGUGGUUGUUCUUGAAAUCAUAAGUGGUCGAAAGAGCAACGACUUAAAGCUUGAGCCUGUAACACAAUACCUCCUUGAAUGGGCAUGGAAACUGUACGAGGAAGACGAAUUGAUGAAUAUGGUGGAUAAAAGUUUAAGCUCUAAUGCAUAUGAUGUGAAUGAAAUAAAGAAAAUUAUAGGCAUAGCUCUCCUGUGCACCCAGUCUUCAGUAGCAGAAAGACCCACAAUGUCUGAAGUAGUUGUGAUGCUGUUAAGCAAGGGGCAACUAGAGCUCACGCCAACCAGACCUAUAUUCAUUGAUGCAACUAAUAAGAUUCGUGGAGAUACAUCUUCAUCUACUGGGUUACCCCCAAUCAAUGUCACUGAUUCAAUCACCCAAGUCUCGGGACGUUGAAAUAUAAUUUGGCCAAAUUGUAGAGCAGGUAG